AAUAGAUUUAAGUGCAAAAAUAAGAGGAAAAAUUGAAUUUAAAAGGAAUUCGAAUCUGUACAGAAGCCCCGCCCAGAGGAAUCAUCACCGAUUAAAUGGCGGCCUCAUCCCCAGCAAAGAACAACAGCGCCGCCGCAAUCGACGGCGCCGCCACACCCUUGAGCUCUAACUCAUCGAAGAGCCUUCGCGGCCUCAACAAACCUAAGUGCAUAAAGUGCGGCAACGUUGCUCGCUCGAGGUGUCCAUUCCAGUCAUGCAAAAACUGCUGUGCAAAAGCUCAAAAUCCUUGUCAUAUACACGUAAAAAAAGGCAACGCAUCCUUUCCAGACAAGCCACCCUCUUCCAGCUCUCCUCAAUUUGACCAACAAUCAACUGAUGUAUCUCAUUCAGGGAGUAUGCAUAGACUUCGUCACCUUUCCAACAACUUUGCACAGUUUAAUAAUUUACAAACACCAUUCCGAUCAAGGAAGCCGUUGACCAAAAAGGAUGCACAAGUUAUAAACGAAUGGAGGUUCUUGAAACUAAAAGAAUUUAGAGACGGAAACGCAGAAGCAGAAAGUGGAGCUUUUGACCGAUACAUGCAAAAUGUUAGUCUACUUGAAGAGGUUUUUCGUGUCAAUUCAGCACCCGAUGACUCCUCGAUUCAGGAUAAGGAGCAGUCUUCUGUAGGGAGCUCGACCGAGGCAAUGGUACAAGGGUUGAAGUUAAAUCUCAAAUCAGAUCCAGUAAGAAGUGAUAAUUUGAGAAAGAGGAUUCGAUACAUUGUAGAUCAAGGGUUGAGGAAGAAGGUAGAGUCAAUCGACGGUGGUGAUGAACUCAGUGAUUUAGAAGGAGGAAGGGGGACGAGGGCUAAGAAGAUCAAGUGUUCGAAGGGUGAGAGGGUUAUGGCUUUAAGUGAUCUUGGUGAAAAAUUGAACAAAGCACGGAAUGAAGAAGACCUGAAAGAAUGUUGUGAGUUGGCGUCGGAGAUUUUUAAAUGGAAUAAUAAGACGAGCCAGACGGAAUCUGUACAAGAUUUUCCUGUACUGUUAGAUGAAAACGAUCUAAAAUCGGAUGCUUCAACACGAGUACUACCCAAGUGGGUUAGUCCGGUUAAAAUUGAUCAAGAAGUUGUAUGUCGAGUUGAUGCACAAUUUUCUUCCAUCGAGGAGAUUGAAGAUUUGUAGGUCGAGUUUUCAUUUUAUUUGAACACAUUCUACUCUAGUCUAGCUAAUGCUUCCAGUUUACUGCUAUGCAUAAAUGAUGAGGUAAAUGUUGAUAUUGUGGUACUUGUUACAAUCAAUAACUAUCAUUAGUUUUUUUAUCUUUUUCU